CACUCACAGAAGCAGAUCUCCGGCAGGAAGCAGGGCAGCUGCUCCUCUGGCUGUCGGGCUCCUCCUCUGGAGUGGUGGAGAUGGCAGCGAACGUCGCCUGCAGCUUCACUGCACUUUGCUGUUUGGCACUCUGGAGCUUCACCAGGACUUCAGGUGGUACACAUGUUACACCACCCCACUCAACCAUAAGACCUGGCUUCCCUGUCCCAGUGAACACCAACAACCCCGAGGUCCGCAAGGCCGCUCGCUUUGGGGUCUACAGGUACAACAACAGCUCCAAUGACCUCUUCCUGUUUAAGGAAUCACAGAUAAAGAAAGCCAUGGUACAGAUAGUCAGAGGGCUGAAGUACAUGCUCCACGUGGAAAUCAAGCGCACCGUGUGUGAGAAGAGGGAUCACCCCAGCCUGGACAGCUGUCACUUCCAGAGGGAAAAAAACCUGCAACAGAUGCUGAGAUGCUAUUUUGAGGUCUGGAUAACACCUUGGACACACAAAGUGCAUAUCCCUGUUGCCCAAUGUCACCAAGACCUUUCCCCAUGAGAGCCUGACUUACAGAGGAUCUCCCACCAUGAGUUUUUCCUUGCCUGGACUGCUGAGGUCAAUACUGAAGUGGGGAACAGCUGUACAGAACUGCACAGAGCUUUUUUCUCAAACCACAUGGUUGUUUUCUUCCUUGAGAAAGAAACUCAAAAGACAAGGCCUGCCUUGGCUGAAUGUCUUGCUAUCCAGUUGUGUAUCUAUUUUUCCAAAACUAAACUGCACAUGAACAUGUGUUGUCAUUCAUUUGCCAUCCAUCCUCUGGCUGAAUUUCCAAGCACUCCCAGGAAGCUCUGUUGCACUUGUUUUGUGAUGAACUUUCACAAAGCCAUGAUGGAAACAAGUCUAAACCACAGCACAUGUGAAUACAACACCUAGCAAAGCUUGACAACAGUGGGGUGGUUUGCCUGGGUAUACACACUACACACACACAGAGAUUUUCCA